AUGGCCGCGUGCGGCAGCGAGGAGAAAACCUACCGGCGUUUCCUGGAGCUUUUCUUGCGGGAGAUGAGGCCUCCGCUGCCCGAGGACGGCCCUCUUCCCACCCGGCCCUUAUCGGACUCUGUGGCGGAGGAUGAAGUGGAGGGAGAGACCCUGGACCUGUGCCUGCAGCACCUCUGCAAAUAUAACUGCCCGUUCACGCUGGCCGCCGCUCUGGCUCGAGGGACGGCUGACAGCAUCCUGCAGAGUGACCUCUCCAUGUAUUACCUCAACAAAAACGUUGAGGACGGCACAGAAACGUUUCCUCAGAUCGAGGCGGUGAAGCUGGCCCGGCUGGUGUUUAAUAAGCUCUGUGAAACGUGCUGUUUGUGGCUGAAAGGCAUUCCGACUCGCCGCCGCGUCCAGCCGUACUAUGAGACGUCCAUCCAUGCCAUCAAAAACAUGCGCAGAAAGAUGGAGGACAGACACGUGGUCAUCCCGGACUUUAACACACUCUUUAACCUUCAGGAUCAGGAGGAGCAGGCGUUUUUCGCCGUGUUUGAUGGUCACGGUGGAGUGGAUGCGGCCACUUUCGCUGCCAAUCACCUGCACGUCAACCUGGUGAGGCAGGAGAUGUUCAGUCAGGACCCGGGAGAGGCGCUGUGCCGCGCCUUCAAACUGACCGACGAGCGCUUCGUACAGAAAGCAUCAAGAGAGAACCUGCGCUGCGGGACCACUGGGGUCGUGACCUUCCUGCGCGGCCGGACAUUGUAUGUAGCCUGGCUCGGAGACUCGCAGGCCAUGCUGGUGAAGAAAGGACAACCUGUGGAGCUGAUGAAGCCCCACAAACCGGACAGAGAGGAUGAGAAGCAGCGGAUCGAGGCGUUGGGCGGCUGCGUGAUUUGGUUCGGGACGUGGAGAGUGAACGGCAGCUUGUCCGUGUCGAGAGCUAUAGGAGACUCGGAGCAUAAGCCUUACAUCUGCGGCGACGCUGACCACAUCACGUUUCCCUUGGAUGGCACCGAGGACUACCUGAUCCUGGCCUGCGACGGCUUCUACGACACGGUGAACCCGGACGAGGCGGCGCGAGUGGUCAGCGACCAUCUGCAGGAGAACAACGGCGACACCACCAUGGUGGCCCACAAGCUGGUGGCUUCGGCCCGCGACGCCGGCUCCAGCGACAACAUCACGGUCAUCGUGGUGUUCCUCAGGGACCCGCGGGCACCUCCGCCGUCAGAGGAGCCGGAGGAGGAAGGGGAGGAGCCGGGGGAGGAGCCCGUGGAGGAGGAGGCGGAGCCGGAAGAGGAGGAGGAGGAAGAAGAGGAAACUUCGCAGAGCGAGUUAGUUUGUCAGGACGGCGGAGGAGAGAACGGCGGGAAAUCUCGCGGCGGCUGGCCACUGCAGCAGUGCUCGGCUCCGGCCGAUUUGGCGUACGAAGAUCGCAUGGAUUCGUUUACGGACAGAACCAGCCUGAGCAUCACCGGGCCAGAGCCUUUUUCAGAAAAAGGCUGCUUCCGGAUGCCUCCGGAGGCCCGAGGCCCGCCAGUCAGAACCUUCUGGCCGGACCUGGGGGCGGGCGGAGGCCGGGUUCGGCGCCCACGCUUGGAAACGGAGGGUUACUGCGGGCUUAGGCACCAAAAAUGGCCUAAAUCUCAAGUCCCCUCGUUUACAAAACCCAUGACUGGACAAUGGCUAGAGGCGGCUGCUCUGUUCCCCCAGCAGGGGAGGAGAAAGAGAAGGAUGGAAGGAGUGGUGCUGAGGAGGGAGAUGAAGAAGCGGCGGAUUUUGAAGGCUCGAGAGCUCCACUGCCCUUCGAGCCCUCACCCUAAUGUGCCCUAUCCGCUCCGCUGCAUAGAGAGCAGGCCCGGGGUCGCCCUGCCUCGCGUAACACACGACUAAAACCGGGUCUAAACCCUAAACCUGCAUUAUACUGCUCACCCUCCGACACUAGAACACACUCAUAUUGUCCGCUGUGGGUGCAAAUAUAUACAUAUACACGUACUCAAACCACACUGCAGAAAAUGACCUCUUGGCAUCUUAAAUGUCAGAAAAAUAUCUAAUAUUUUUCACCAUGAGAUUUUUUUAGGAAUAAGA